AUGGGCGAUGUGAUGGACAUCCUAGCUCUGACCAACUCGGCCAUAAACUUCAUUUUGUACUGCACGAUGUCCCGUCAGUUCCGUUCCACGUUCGGCGAGGUUUUUCGGCCGAAAGUUGUCGUCCAAUGGAUUUCUCUGUCGCAGUAUGCCGGCACCACCACCGAAAACAUCGGAGGCGAAAAAUCGCACUAUUCCACUGUCGUAUAG